AUUGUUCUUUUGAUGGCGGGGAUUUUGUUAUCGUUGAAGUUCUCUAAAUUAGCAGUGAAUUGUUAAUACAACAAUGAUUCCAGAGAUUGUGUUUAAUCCACGGAGGACAACGUGUUGGUUAACAGGCCUUUGCUCUAGGUUUCACUGAGUUAAACGACUCGCAGAGUCAUAGAACAACAUUUAUAAGGUCACGAAAAUAUUAAACAGUUCCCCCGGGCUAUUGGCUCGACGUGUCCGUUUUGGGAAAUUACUUGUUAGCGUGGACAUGGCUGAAAACGGUGUUGAACUAGAAUUGAAAGAUGUUGCAGUAACGAGAAGCGAAAAGCUGAGCUCCCCGAGCACACAGCGUCCCAACUACGAGUCGCUGAAAGAACACAACGACAACAAUGGUGAGCGAUAAGUCAAAAAUUCUGAGUUUACGUGCAACGAAGAGCUCAUGGAAUCAUGGAGACCGCCUUCACUUUCUUUAGUGGUACAUCUGAACUGGUUGAUAAGGAAAUUAGUUAACUGAUUUUUUUGGACGCCGUCAAGGAAGAAAUUAACGUUGUCAUGAUUUUGGUUAAAUUAUUGAUGUAUCUAUUUAUAUUCAUAACACGAGCCGUUUGGGGUUAAACGUUAGUCUAAUAAGCUGUAUAUCUAAUUACUUUAAUGGAAGGUUGACAAUUAUAAAGUCAAAUUUAGAUUCCCAACAGAAUAUCUGACCACAUCAGAACAUCUCUACUUGUUUUUAAGCUACAUUGUUGAGUUACAUAACUGAGAUUAAUUAUGCACUUGAUGCACGACAGAGCAUUUUUGUUUGUUUGGUUGGUUUUCUUUUAUGUGUGUGGCAUUUUAGACCAUUUUGUGAUGUUUUCAACAAGCUUCAUCUUCACUGUACUCCUCUUAUUCAUUUUAUCUUUAACGAGAGAGAGAGAGGAUGUGCUCUAAAUGAUACAUUAAUACAACUUAACCCAAAACUCUUGAUUUUAUGGGGUGUCCCUCUGAAGUAUAUUUCAGAUCUUAAGCAUUUGGUCAAACAAUAGAUUCAAUGAGCUCAUCAAUAGCUCAGCUAGUGCGUCUUAAAACCUUGUUCAUUUUGUUCCCUUCCUCUGUAAAACAUCAACUUGAAAUCAACAAAAUUUACUCGGUCUGAGACAGGAAACCGUGGCAACAAAUUAUUUAUGCUUCUAUUCUGACUGCCAUUCACAUAUUUUAUGAGGUCUUGCGUUGUUUUGGAGGGUAAUGACAUUCACUCAUUAAGGUUCCUAUCAUGUACCUAUUGAUUGAGUGUCUGGAUGAAAAAAAUAUUGGGCUUAAUCUCUUUUUCAGAAAAUGUGGAACAAACAUUCACUUUGUCUGAAGCUGUGGAAGCAAUUGGGAUGGGAAAAUUCCAGAUCUUACUUAUUCUUAUGGCUGGCUUUGUCAAUGUAAGUUUGCAUUUGUAGCCCUACAUUUCUUGUUUCAUUGAAGUGAGAUUUCCUCUCAGGCUAUAGAAAAAUUUUUUUGUUUGUUUGUUUUUUUUAGAAUGAUAUCAGUAAAAAUAAAAUUUUAGGAAACAGGUUUAUCACAGAUACUUACCAUUAGUUUCAGAGGUUAGCUUUAUGCAUGAUUAUUUUGAUAUUGUUUCGUACAUUAUAUGGUGCACUUGCACAGUAGAGUUCUGUUGUGACAGAUUAUUUGGGUAAGAUUAAUGGUGUGGUUCAAAUUUUACCUAAUUUUAAAAUUUCACAAACUAGCUGAAUUAUGAUAACAUUUUACUUUAUAUAUUAAGGUCUAUCACUAAAGUCUUAGGGACCAGAAAACAAUGGUUGGAAACUUUCAUGGAAGGAAAAAUUUAACACAGGAGAUUUAGUGAUUACAAUUAUAGUUUUAUUAACACAGGAGAUUUAGUGAUUACAAUUAUAGUUUUAGAUGAAGUCUUUGGAAGUAAUGUGUCAUAAGAAGUAAAAGUAAUGUGUGUUGUAUUGUAAAUACAGUUUAGUUAUGUUCAUAAUGAGUAUAUAAUAAUAGUUUUUUAAAAAAGUCAAAAAGUGAAUCCUUUUUGCGGAAUUUUCUAACUUUUAGAUGUGCGAUUCCUUGGAGCUAUUGUUGCUUGCUGUUUUGAGUCCAACAAUUCACUGUCUGUGGCAUUUGUCAUCAUGGGAAGAGGCUUUCAUUACUACAGUGAGUGUUUUAAUAUAAUUAUGUUAAGAAGACUGUCAAGAAUUAUAAGGAAUGUGCGACAGACAGUAAAGGGAAAUGAUAUUUCGAUCGCAGGAGUGAGAGGGAUAAAAUGAACUUUCUCUGUAUUAUUUCAAUGUGCUAGUAAUUAGAGCCAUCAGUAAUGUCCCCCUCUGUUAAGAAUUCUUUUGAAAAUAUCUUUGUUUAAAUUGUCAUAGUUUUUAACAUUUUAUUCAUUUGCAAAUUAUUUUGUGUGGCAGUUAUAUUUCUCCAGUGUAAUGCAAGAUUACCUUCAUACAAAAAAAUCAUUUUUGCAACUGUACUGUAUAACAGAUGGAACCAAAGCCAGACUCAAAGUAUAUUUCUCCUGAACAGAUAUAUUCUUAAAAUGUUGUUUUUUGAUUUUGUACCAAUUAAAUAGUUCAGGGUUCCACACACCUGUGCUUUUCCCACAAUUUUGAACCUCUUUAUUUUGCUUCUAUAGCUUUCACAGUUGUUUCUUCUUGUGAUUGCAGAUUGUUUUUGUUGGUAUGUCUGUUGGCUGUCCUGUGUGGGGCUGGUUAUCUGAUAAUUUAGGACGAAAAAGUGUAAGUUAACAUGAUUGGGUGACAAUGUUGCAACAUUGCAGCUUUGUAAAUUAAGGAUUAAACCUUUGAAAUGAUUUUCACUUUCAGAUGAUUAUUAUAAGUGCAAGCUGGCUGUGCUAUUUUGGUUUCAUCAGUUCUUUUUCACCGCACUACUUCUGGCUUGUUGCAUUAAGAUGCUUGGUGGGAUUUGGAAUUGGUGGUAUACCAACAAUGUAAGUAAAAGUAUAACAGGGUAAUUUAGUGUUAUCAACUAAGUUGAAAAAUUAACGUAAAUUGGCCACUGUAAAGAUUUUUAAGGCUAGCCUUUGCCAAUUGCUCUUAGAAAGGGCUAACGCUCAAAACAUCAGCCCUUAAACUCUUUACAGUGGCCAAUUUACAUUUUCAACUCAGUUGGUAACAAUAAAUUACCCUGUUAUACUCUCCCACCAAUGCAGCACCACAGUUUCUUUAGAAACUUACCCCCUUUAAGUGAAAGUAUGUGUUAAAUCCAGCAAGUGAGAGAUGAUAAACUAAACAAAAGAGAACUGUCACAUGAAUGUAGAAUUUGAAUGAUUUAUAAAGGCUUGUUUUAAUAACCAUUCAAAUCCAAGAACUGGCCUACUAUUCCAAAGUUUAUUAGUUCAAUUUAGAGUAGUGAUUAAUAUAAGACCAUUUAAUGAUUUGGAAGGUUGAAAACCAAUAAUUGAAAGUCUGUUUCUCCCUGUAUCCAUAGGUACACACUUCUAAUUGAAUUUCUCCCCAUCCAUUUGAGGUCAUACAUUAUCUUGUGCCUUGCUGUAAGUAUUGUUCUUUACUACAUGACACAAAGUGGAGUUAUUGUCUGCUACCCUCAGAAAAGUUUCUGUCAACAAAUGUAAUGUGUGUUUUAGUGUUUCUGUCAUUGAUCUUACACAAGGACUUAUUAGUUUAUGUGAGUUAGUCCAUCAGCAGAGGUCAAUAUUUUUUCAUAAGAACAACAAACUAAAACACAACCUAACAAGGAAAAGGACUAAUUGGUAAUUGGAGAUUUGCUCCAGACUCUGGACUUUUAAAGGCAAAUGUAAAGCAAUGCCUUGCUACAACUUGCUAUUAAAUUUUUGCCAGCCAAGAAAAGCUUUGUCAUAAGCGGCACUAACAGAUGGUAAAAAAUCUGAAUUCCCAAAGAAAAAAAUGGGAAUUGUAGUACAUAAUAAUGAAAUGGGAGUGAAAAAAAAAAUUUUACCAUUGAAAUUUAAGUUGCUUACUUAGAGUGUUUUUGUCUGUUUCCAGUUUUUCUGGGCACUUGGAUCAACUUUUAUGGUAGUUGUAGCACUUAUUGUCAUGCCCACACUUGGCUGGAGGUGGAUGACUGCUAUUGCAACAGUCCCUGUUAUUAUAUUCAUUAUUUUAUGUAGGGUAAGUAAAUGUUUUGAAAAGUUCCAAAUGCUAUAUUUCACUUUCUAUUCCUUGAAACAGCUGAGUCUGUUGUCACAGUUUAUCUCUGUAUAUCCCAGAUUUCACUAUAGAUACUCCUUUCUGAGAGCGAUAUAUUCUCUUUAGAUUUGUUAUUACUAUAUGAAAACUUUAUUUUAUUCAAAUUUAAGCUACAUGUACUAGUUUGAAGUGUUGGUUUUACUGCACGAGUACUGAUAGUUAUUCUAAACAAAGCUGUCAGAUAAAAUGGUCUGUCGUAGAGUAAAAACAUUGUGAUUGGGAAUAUUGCAUGAUGAAACCACCCAUGGUAUAAUUUAUGAAUUAUUAAUUUUUACAAAGUGAUAACAAAUUUACAAGUUAUGAAAUAAUUAACUGGAGAUAUUUGUUUCUUCCUAGUGGUUGCCAGAAUCACCUCGGUAUCUGAUCACUGCAGGUGAAAAAGAAAAAGGAAUGGAGGUAUUGGAGCGCAUGGCCAGAAUCAAUGGCUCCAAGCUUCCACCAGGAACUCUUAAAAUUGAAACACAGGUACAUAUUCUCCAAGAAGUAUUAAUCCAAUUAGUGACUUGUUAUAUCCAACAUGUUUUGAUACUGAUGAUAUUGCUUCCUUUUCCUUUACUUAUGUUUUUCACUCUAUUUGUUUUCAGACUGUUGAACAAGUGAAAAUCCAAGUUCUUUUUAACUCAGAAUAUAGAUUGACAACCCUUCUUCUCUGGCUAACUUUGUGAGUAAAUCAUUUUUUGUUUACUUGUUGUCAAUGUUGUCUGAUCCCUUGUGGAUCAGCUUGAAGGAAAGGCCAAUCAAACAUUUCACAAGUAAAAUAAAAUUUUAUUCAUUUCUGGUCUUUUUUUUCUUCUGACAGUUUCGCUUCUGGAUUUUUGUACUAUGGUGUUGUGUUGAUGUCAGCCCAAGUUCUUCAGCAAGUCAGGCCAGAUGAAAGUAUUUGUGAUCUAGGUUUGUUUCUUAAAUGUGAAGAUCAAGACAGAGAGUCUUAGGGGAAUGAUUCACAACAUCUAGAGGUUCACUUGGUGUGACUCAGAGAUGAAAUAACUACUAUUAGUAUAUACCACACAAGUGAAUAGACUUAGUGUUUUUUGCUCAUGCUGAUUGGCUUGUUUGGAAGUGAAUAACAAGUACUAUUCACCUCUGAGCAGCCAAUCAGACAUCAAUAGUUUUAUUUCUGACCAUUUCUCAGUAUAUUGACAGAAACAAACUUUUUUUUUUGGUAUCUGUGUGGCAAAUAGUUGAAUGAUAAUUCACCUCGAUGUUGGUGAAAGUGGUGGAUAUUUACCUCACCACUUUGCAGCUCAAAUGAAAAAUAGUAAAUGAUGCCCAAUUGGUUUUCUUUGUGUUGUUGUUGUUUUUUUCAUGUGCAUUUACCUCUUGCAGCUAUUACCAUUGUCAGAUUAAUGCAACAAUAUGUUUAACAUAUAAUACGAGCAGACAUUUUGCUCAUUGUUUCUAGUGAUGUACUUUAUGUUAAACCAUAAAGUAUUGUUAGAAUGGAGAGCUAAAAAUCAUGCAACCUCAAAGACAAGGUUGUCAACAGUGCUAUCAUUUUGUUGUUGUAUUCAUCCUCAGAAUUUUUUCCUUCUUAAUUUCUGUUAGAGAGUUUGUCUACUGCUACUACUGAAUGUGGCUGCCAACUUCUUACAGUCAAUGAUUAUAUGAAUCUUCUUUGGACAACAGUUGCGGAGUAUCCUGGUAAGUCCAUAAUAUCCUUCUUCUCCCCCCCUCCCUACUGUUAUAACAUGAAAAGGCUACACAGUAUUUCCUUACUACCUUGUGGUUACAAUUUGGUACAACUGCUACUACUGAGUAACUAAGGGUUGUAACCUUUUGACCACUGGAGUUGACAUUUAAGGCAAGCUUUUACCAGUAACUCUGCUCUUACUCAAAAGGCCUAUAGUAAUGAAGAAUCCAUGUUUGUAUUAUGUUGAAUAAGUUUGUCAAAGGUUUCUCUUUUUCUCUCUUUGUCAGGAAUAUUGUUUACAAUGCUCUUUAUAGAGAGAAUUGGUAGAAAGAAAACUUUGGCUGUAGAGUUCUUUAUAAUAGCUGCAUGUUUGGGACUCAUGUUUAUUUGCACAGGAAGGUGAGUGCUGUCAAUACAGUUAACCCUUUAACACCCAAGAUCUGAUUGUUAAUUCUACCCUGUAGCUGCUACACAUUUCCUUGUAAAUUAGUAAUGAGAAUUGGUGCUAGAUCAAGAUAGCAGCUUCUAACUGAUAAGUUUGAAUAUUCUCAUGACCUGUUUGUUGAAGAAUGUAUGGAUAUUGUAGGGAGAAGUUUUAUGUUAAUCACUUCUGGGAGUUAAAGGGUUAAAAUGUAUGAUUAUGUAGGAUGGUCCCAAGGACUCAUGUCAGUUUUGUAACAAAUAUGGUACUCCAGCGGUCGAUUAUAAGUGUAUCCCAAGUCUCGGAUUUCCUCAUAGAGAAGGGGAUGGACUGAAAAUUGAAUUGAAAAGCCAAGUAUUUCAAAAAACAGCAACAAUAUUGUGUGGAAUUUGAAACUAUGACCCAACCAUUUCUUGCUCGUAUUAUCAACCAUUUGUGCUUUUAUAAACACAAUUGUAAUGAACUAUUUCCCCUUUGACGGAACUUUUUUCCCUUCAACAGAACUUUACUGUUGGUACUUUUAUUCCUGGCUCGUGGGAUGUCAUUAGGUGUCUUCCAAGGGUUUUUCGUUUAUGCCCCUGAGGUAAGGCUCUUGCAUUAGUUAUAUUUGCAGUUUGGAAUUGUAAUUUGCAACCAAUUGUUGCGUAUAUUUAGUAAUGAAUAAGAACCAGUGCAGACAAACAGUGGAAAGAUUUUAGACUUGGUUUACCAUUUCUUGAGCUGCAUGGUUUUUUUUUUUUGGUCAAAUUUUCCACACGGAAUUUGUUUCUUUUGAUGGAAAUUCUUCCUUCAAUUUUUUCUUCUCAAGGAAAACUGUGGAGAGCUAUUACAUGAAUACUUUUACGGGAUAAUUAUUUUUUUUCCUUGUAUGACAUUUUAGUUGAAUUACCCACCCCCUGAGGGUGAUCCUAAAGUUGCUGUUAUUCCUUCAAAAAGAUCAAAGUGAAAAGAACAAAAGUUUUGAAAUCCAGUCUUUAAUGAGACACUUCAUGUAAAAUUUCUGCACUGGUGUUUGUUCUUUGGUUUAUUUUAGGUUUAUCCUACAGUCAUCCGAUCAUUAGGAUUUGGCUUUUGUUCUACCUGGGCUCGUUUUGGAGGAAUGUUAACACCUUACAUAGCUCAGGUAGGAGACAGAUUAGUGGAGCUGUCAUACCCAUUAGACCCUUCAGUUACAAACUGUUAUUCAAGUCUUGUCCCUCGCUGCCAGUUGUACAAUGGCCUCCUGUGAAUAAUGUUGGUGCAAAGCUUGUCAGAGCAAGGGUACUUUACCUUCUACUUUUCCAUGCCUGUCCUCUUCAGUCAGUUACUGCUAGAUGAUUACUCCACUCAUUUUCACCCAGUUUCUUCCUUGAAUAAGAUGGAAAGAAUGUGAGAAGGAAGGAAAGGAUCAACAGUUUAAGAAGCUUCUGAUUGUCAAACAAAUUUUCCUUGUCAGUAUCAUAAGAUGUGUAACAAGAACAGUGUGGUGAAUAUGAAUUCUAAUGUUUGAGUGUAAUGGGUUAAAUGGUGAUUUGAGUAUUUUUUUUUUUCCUCCAUGUUGGUGCUGCAGGUAUUGCUGCGAGUGUCCUGGAACUUGUCUCUUGUUGUUUAUAUAUCCUUAAGCCUGAUGUCUUUAGUUGCAACACUACUGCUUCCAUAUGAAACAAAGGGACGACCUAUGCAGGUGAGUGCAUCCGAAUGCCUUCCAAGUUGUAAAAAUGUUUGAGGUAUUUCACGAAUUCUUUUAGUACUUUACGAAUUGAUUUUACUUUGAAACUAUCCUUUUUCGUUUUCUUUUUUUUUUCUUUUAGGAAAUGUGACAAAAUGACUCUACUUGCUUAGAACACCAUAGUUUAGUACUUAGUAGUUUGAUUUACAAAGUAUUUAAAUUUCCGAAAAAAAUAAAUGCACAAUCAACAAUGGUUUCUAAGGGGGUAAGUUUCUAAAGAAAUUGUGGUGCUGCUCAAUGGGAUAUGACAAGAUAAUUUGGUUUUAUCUACUGGGUUGAUAAGGUAAAUUGGCCACAGUAGAGAGGUCCUAAAGCUGACGUUUUCAGCGUUAGCCGUUUGCUAAUUGACAUUCUCAACUCACUUGCUAGAACUAAAUUAUCCAACAACAGUGUAUUGUGUUUCACGUCCUCAGACCCUGUUCCUUUAACUUUGAACUUGUAGAAAUAGCACACGGGUGGGGGUGGGGGGGUCAAAAAUGGUUUACAUUUUUUUCUUAUAUAAAUAUAUAGCUUAACCGUGUUUGUCUGUGACACAACACUAUUUAAAUGAAGGUCUACCACUUAAACAAGGGCUUUAUUUUUGAGUUAUUUAAAAGCCUGCUAAUAUUUUUUGUCAUUGUGGCAAAGUGGUUAGGUCGAGGUGCUGUAAGAAAUAUUUAGAAUUUAUGAUAAUAGUGAGGUAAGAAUUAGCGGCGGGAAAAAACUACAAAUCAUCGCUAUAGGAACAUAUCUCACCUGUUGUAGUGUCUCUGUUUACUAAUAGCUCAAAGAUGAAGAGAAAAUUUGCUGAGAUCGAAUAAUUGUCACACGAGGUGCAGGCGUCUGCGUCAUCGGCCAAUUUUUAUUUUUUGGAAAAUCAUUAUUAAAUUAUUAUUGCUUAGCAGCAUAUGCAUGCUCAAACUAAUUUUAAAUUCUGUUCGGUGUAAUUGAAUUUUUAUUACCUUUGAUAUGAAUCCGUAGCGGCAAUCAUGGGCGAAAUCUCUUCCAUUAGCAGUGUUGUAGAUUGGGGAAUUCUGAGAAUACUAUAUGAUCAAAAUAUGGUAUUUUCUGUAGAAACUGGACUCAAUAAUAUUAAUCGUUAGAUUUGAAAUAUAUUUGUAAAAUAUUAGUUUUAAAUUUAUUUAAAGUAAGAAUGAUGUGUCAACUUUCUGAUGAGGGUUUUGUAAAUAAAUAUUUGGUGGGAUUACUUUAUUACUCUGUCC